AUGCAAUCUCACUGUACACAAACGUAUCCAUACAGACGUAUCCAUACAGGUGAGAAACCAUUGGAAUGUGUUCAAAGUGGUAAGGCAUUUCGUGAUAUAUCCAAUCUCACAAGACAUAAACGAAGCCAUACAGGUGAGAAGCGCUUUGUAUGUGACAAGUGUGGGAAGGCAUUUCUUGAAAAAUGCAAUCUCACUUUACACAAACGAAUCCAUACAGGUGAAAAGCCCUAUGUAUGUGAUCAGUGUGGUAAAGCAUAUAACCAUGAAUAUACUCUCAUAACACAUAAACGAGUCCAUACUGGUGAGAAGCCCUUUGAGUGUGAUCAGUGUGGUAAGGCAUUCAGUGUUGCAAGUUCAUUGAGAAGACACAAGCAGAUCCAUACAGGUAAAAAGCCCUAUGUUUGUGAUCAAUGUGGUAAGGCAUUUCGUGAUAUAUCCAAUCUCACAAGACAUAAACAAAGCCAUACAGGUGAGAAGCCCUUUGUAUGUGACCAAUGUGGUAAGGCAUUUCUUGAAAAAUGCAAUCUCACUGUACACAAACGUAUCCAUACAAGCGAGAAAACAUUUGUAUGUGUUCAAUGUGGUAAGGCAUUUAACAAAAAACAGAGUCUCACAAGACAUAAACGAAGCCAUACAGGUGAGAAGCCCUUUGUAUGUUACCAGUGUGGGAAGGCAUUUAGUGGUGGAAGUUCAUUGAGAAGACACAAACGGACCCAUACAGUUUAAACGCCCUGUGUUUUUUAUCUAUGAGGUAAGACAUUUAAUCAAGAAUCUCAAGGAAGAUAUAAUACUUGAAAAGAAACCUUAUACAUGUAAUCAGUGUGGUAAGGCAUUUAUAUCUGCAAAUCAUCUCACAACACAUGAAUGCAUCCAUGCAGGUGAAAAGCCCUAUUUGCGGAUGAGUGUGGUAAGGCAUUUAAUUGUGAAGAUCAUCUCACAACACAUCAACAAUUCCAUUCAGGCAAGAAACCCUUUAUACAUGUUCAAUGUGGUAGGAUGUUUAGUUAAAGAGGUAGUCUCACAAGCCAUAAAUCUAGACACUUCACUUCAUUUGCACAUUGUAGAGUACAGCCAUGUAUAUUUAUUGAUAUUUGUUGAUUAUGA